CCCACCUGUGUAAGGGAUUAGCUGAGGCUGAGACGUAACAAUGCAGCCUCACCCUGUUUAAAUUACUGACUCCUUCAAUACAAAAUGUCAGUUUUACAAAUGGAAAGAGUACAGUAAGGAGGAGAAAACUUAUCAUGGGGACUCGGAGUUACCUUUGGCACUUCGUUUUCUCUCUUCUGUACAUGACGGCAACUCGAGAAGUCAAGGCGUACACGACGACGAUUACAACAUCUAGGAUGGGGAGCUCGCUCGGGGUGUCUGGCAGGAGCGAGGCCACCAGCGUCGACUACACGUCCAUGAGUGGCAACUCCAGUACAACCAGCAUGGGCACAGCGAGUGGCAAUAACAGUUCUGUCUCCCUGACAGCCAGAUCGACAGCAGAUAGUGACUCCCCUGCCCUUGCUGGCUCCUCAGCUGCGCCGUCCAGCAGCGGGCCAAGCAGAAGCAGCAGUAGUGAUGAGCCGAGCUUGGCAGCCACGUAUCAGCCAUCCAAGAUUCUCACGUCCCCCGUACCCUGGUCCACUGCUGGAAAUACGAGCGUUGGACAGGGAACUGUGACAGUGCUCACCACGACCGCCCUCAACCAGGAGCAGACCACAGCAGGUGUGGGGUCCACAUCAUCUUCCACAGCCAGCCCGUUGCCUUCUACACCUCUGGCCUCUGCUGCUAGCCCUACCACCACUGGUACUGGCUUAGGCGAAAGUUCCACCAUGGCCCAUGUGAGUGGAACUACAUCUGACGCACGUGACGAGACUUCCAUUUCCCUCCCUUUGACAUCUUUGUCGGCUGUUUCUGUGGGCACCAUGGCAACUGGAGAAGUGAGGACGCAGACUGUGCCCACUACGCCAUCUAGUAUGGGGAUUUCACUUGGGGUGUCUGGCAGUAGUGAGGCCACCACCAUCACCUACACAUCUGUGAGUCACGACUCCAGUAUGACCAGUGUAGACACAAUGAGUGGCAGUGCCAGCUCUGUGUCCGUGACAGCCAGAGCAACAGCAAUUAGUGACUCCCCUUCCCUUGCUGGCUCCUCAGCUGCGCCGUCCAGCAGCGGGCCAAGCAGCAGCAGGAGCAGUAGCACGGAGCCGAGCUUGGUAGCCACAUCCCAGCCUUCCGCAGGCCUCACGUCCUCUGCUCCCUGGUCCACUGCUGGCACCACGAGCGUUGAGCAUGGUGCUCUGACGGUGCUCACCACGACCGCCCUCAACGAGGAGGAGGCCACAGCAGGUGUGGGGUCCACGUCAUCUUCCACAGCUAGCCCGUUACUUUCUACGUCUCUGGCCUCUGCUGCUAGUCCUGCCACCACUGAUACUGGCUUAGGUGAAAGUUCCACCAUGGCCCAUGUGAGUGGUACUACAUCUGACGCACGUGACAAGACUUCCAUUUCCCUCCCUGUGACAACUUUAUCAGCUGCUUCCAUGGAUACCAUUGGAACUGGAGAAGUGAGGACGCAGACUGUGCCCACUACGCCAUCUAGUAUGGGGAUUUCACUUGGGGUGUCUGGCAGUAGUGAGGCCACCAAUGUCGCCUACACAUCCUUGAGUCACGACUCCAGUAUGACCAGCAUGGGCACAGUGAGUGGCAGUGCCAGCUCUGUGUCCGUGACAGCCAGAGCAACAGCAAUUAGUGACUCUCCUUCCCUUGCUGCCACCUCAGCUGCGCCGUCCAGCAGCGGGCCAAGCAGCAGCAGGAGCAGUAGCACAGAGCCGAGCUUGGUAGCCACAUCCCAGCCUUCCGCAGGCCUCACGUCCUCUGCUCCCUGGUCCACUGCUGGCACCACGAGCGUUGAGCAUGGUGCUCUGACGGUGCUCACCACGACCGCCCUCAACGAGGAGGAGGCCACAGCAGGUGUGGGGUCCACGUCAUCUUCCACAGCUAGCCCGUUACUUUCUACGUCUCUGGCCUCUGCUGCUAGUCCUGCCACCACUGAUACUGGCUUAGGUGAAAGUUCCACCAUGGCCCAUGUGAGUGGUACUACAUCUGACGCACGUGACAAGACUUCCAUUUCCCUCCCUGUGACAACUUUAUCAGCUGCUUCCAUGGAUACCAUUGGAACUGGAGAAGUGAGGACGCAGACUGUGCCCACUACGCCAUCUAGUAUGGGGAUUUCACUUGGGGUGUCUGGCAGUAGUGAGGCCACCACCAUCACCUACACAUCUGUGAGUCACGACUCCAGUAUGACCAGUGUAGACACAAUGAGUGGCAGUGCCAGCUCUGUGUCCGUGACAGCCAGAGCAACAGCAAUUAGUGACUCCCCUUCCCUUGCUGGCUCCUCAGCUGCGCCGUCCAGCAGCGGGCCAAGCAGCAGCAUGAGCAGUAGCACGGAGCCGAGCUUGGUAGCCACAUCCCAGCCUUCCGCAGUCCUCACGUCCCCCGUACCCUGGUCCACUGCUGGAGAUACGAGCGUUGGACAGGGAACUGUGACAGUGCUCACUGCAACCAGCCUUAACCAAGAGCAGGCCACAGCAGGGGUGGGGUCCACAUCAUCUUCCACAGCCAGCCCGUUGCCUUCUACACCUCUGGCCUCUGCUGCUAGCCCUACCACCACUGGUACUGGCUUAGGCGAAAGUUCCACCAUGGCCCAUGUGAGUGGAACUACAUCUGACGCACGUGACGAGUCUUCCAUUUCCCUCCCUGUGACAACUUUAUCAGCUGCUUCCAUGGAUACCAUUGGAACUGGAGAAGUGAGGACGCAGACUGUGCCCACUACGCCAUCUAGUAUGGGGAUUUCACUUGGGGUGUCUGGCAGUAGUGAGGCCACCAAUGUCGCCUACACAUCCUUGAGUCACGACUCCAGUAUGACCAGUGUAGACACAAUGAGUGGCAGUGCCAGCUCUGUGUCCGUGACAGCCAGAGCAACAGCAAUUAGUGACUCUCCUUCCCUUGCUGCCACCUCAGCUGCGCCGUCCAGCAGCGGGCCAAGCAGCAGCAGGAGCAGUAGCACAGAGCCGAGCUUGGUAGCCACAUCCCAGCCUUCCGCAGGCCUCACGUCCUCUGCUCCCAGGUCCACUGCUGGCACUACGAGCGUUGAGCAUGGUGCUCUGACGGUGCUCACCACGACCGCCCUCAACGAGGAGGAGGCCACAGCAGGUGUGGGGUCCACGUCAUCUUCCACAGCUAGCCCGUUACUUUCUACGUCUCUGGCCUCUGCUGCUAGUCCUGCCACCACUGAUACUGGCUUAGGUGAAAGUUCCACCAUGGCCCAUGUGAGUGGUACUACAUCUGACGCACGUGACAAGACUUCCAUUUCCCUCCCUGUGACAACUUUAUCAGCUGCUUCCAUGGAUACCAUUGGAACUGGAGAAGUGAGGACGCAGACUGUGCCCACUACGCCAUCUAGUAUGGGGAUUUCACUUGGGGUGUCUGGCAGUAGUGAGGCCACCAAUGUCGCCUACACAUCCUUGAGUCACGACUCCAGUAUGACCAGUGUAGACACAAUGAGUGGCAGUGCCAGCUCUGUGUCCGUGACAGCCAGAGCAACAGCAAUUAGUGACUCUCCUUCCCUUGCUGCCACCUCAGCUGCGCCGUCCAGCAGCGGGCCAAGCAGCAGCAGGAGCAGUAGCACAGAGCCGAGCUUGGUAGCCACAUCCCAGCCUUCCGCAGGCCUCACGUCCUCUGCUCCCAGGUCCACUGCUGGCACUACGAGCGUUGAGCAUGGUGCUCUGACGGUGCUCACCACGACCGCCCUCAACGAGGAGGAGGCCACAGCAGGUGUGGGGUCCACGUCAUCUUCCACAGCUAGCCCGUUACUUUCUACGUCUCUGGCCUCUGCUGCUAGUCCUGCCACCACUGAUACUGGCUUAGGUGAAAGUUCCACCAUGGCCCAUGUGAGUGGUACUACAUCUGACGCACGUGACAAGACUUCCAUUUCCGUCCCUGUGACAACUUUAUCAGCUGCUUCCAUGGAUACCAUUGGAACUGGAGAAGUGAGGACGCAGACUGUGCCCACUACGCCAUCUAGUAUGGGGAUUUCACUUGGGGUGUCUGGCAGUAGUGAGGCCACCAAUGUCGCCUACACAUCCUUGAGUCACGACUCCAGUAUGACCAGUGUAGACACAAUGAGUGGCAGUGCCAGCUCUGUGUCCGUGACAGCCAGAGCAACAGCAAUUAGUGACUCCCCUUCCCUUGCUGGCUCCUCAGCUGCGCCGUCCAGCAGCGGGCCAAGCAGCAGCAGGAGCAGUAGCACAGAGCCGAGCUUGGUAGCCACAUCCCAGCCUUCCGCAGGCCUCACGUCCCCCGUACCCUGGUCCACUGCUGGAAAUACGAGCGUUGAGCAUGGUGCUCUGACGGUGCUCACCACGACCGCCCUCAACGAGGAGGAGGCCACAGCAGGUGUGGGGUCCACGUCAUCUUCCACAGCUAGCCCGUUACUUUCUACGUCUCUGGCCUCUGCUGCUAGUCCUGCCACCACUGAUACUGGCUUAGGUGAAAGUUCCACCAUGGCCCAUGUGAGUGGUACUACAUCUGACGCACGUGACAAGACUUCCAUUUCCCUCCCUGUGACAACUUUAUCAGCUGCUUCCAUGGAUACCAUUGGAACUGGAGAAGUGAGGACGCAGACUGUGCCCACUACGCCAUCUAGUAUGGGGAUUUCACUUGGGGUGUCUGGCAGUAGUGAGGCCACCAAUGUCGCCUACACAUCCUUGAGUCACGACUCCAGUAUGACCAGCAUGGGCACAGUGAGUGGCAGUGCCAGCUCUGUGUCCGUGACAGCCAGAGCAACAGCAAUUAGUGACUCUCCUUCCCUUGCUGCCACCUCAGCUGCGCCGUCCAGCAGCGGGCCAAGCAGCAGCACGAGCAGUAGCACGGAGCCGAGCUUGGUAGCCACAUCCCAGCCUUCCGCAGGCCUCACGUCCUCUGCUCCCUGGUCCACUGCUGGCACCACGAGCGUUGAGCAUGGUGCUCUGACGGUGCUCACCACGACCGCCCUCAACGAGGAGGAGGCCACAGCAGGUGUGGGGUCCACGUCAUCUUCCACAGCUAGCCCGUUGCCUUCUACACCUCUGGCCUCUGCUGCUAGUCCUGCCACCACUGAUACUGGCUUAGGUGAAAGUUCCACCAUGGCCCAUGUGAGUGGUACUACAUCUGACGCACGUGACAAGACUUCCAUUUCCCUCCCUGUGACAACUUUAUCAGCUGCUUCCAUGGAUACCAUUGGAACUGGAGAAGUGAGGACGCAGACUGUGCCCACUACGCCAUCUAGUAUGGGGAUUUCACUUGGGGUGUCUGGCAGUAGUGAGGCCACCAAUGUCGCCUACACAUCCUUGAGUCACGACUCCAGUAUGACCAGUGUAGACACAAUGAGUGGCAGUGCCAGCUCUGUGUCCGUGACAGCCAGAGCAACAGCAAUUAGUGACUCCCCUUCCCUUGCUGGCUCCUCAGCUGCGCCGUCCAGCAGCGGGCCAAGCAGCAGCACGAGCAGUAGCACGGAGCCGAGCUUGGUAGCCACAUCCCAGCCUUCCGCAGGCCUCACGUCCCCCGUACCCUGGUCCACUGCUGGAGAUACGAGCGUUGGACAGGGAACUGUGACAGUGCUCACUGCAACCAGCCUUUACCAAGAGCAGGCCACAGCAGGGGUGGGGUCCACAUCAUCUUCCACAGCCAGCCCGUUGCCUUCUACACCUCUGGCCUCUGCUGCUAGCCCUACCACCACUGGUACUGGCUUAGGCGAAAGUUCCACCAUGGCCCAUGUGAGUGGAACUACAUCUGACGCACGUGACGAGUCUUCCAUUUCCCUCCCUGUGACAACUUUAUCAGCUGCUUCCAUGGAUACCAUUGGAACUGGAGAAGUGAGGACGCAGACUGUGCCCACUACGCCAUCUAGUAUGGGGAUUUCACUUGGGGUGUCUGGCAGUAGUGAGGCCACCAAUGUCGCCUACACAUCCUUGAGUCACGACUCCAGUAUGACCAGUGUAGACACAAUGAGUGGCAGUGCCAGCUCUGUGUCCGUGACAGCCAGAGCAACAGCAAUUAGUGACUCCCCUUCCCUUGCUGGCUCCUCAGCUGCGCCGUCCAGCAGCGGGCCAAGCAGCAGCAGGAGCAGUAGCACAGAGCCGAGCUUGGUAGCCACAUCCCAGCCUUCCGCAGGCCUCACGUCCCCCGUACCCUGGUCCACUGCUGGAAAUACGAGCGUUGAGCAUGGUGCUCUGACGGUGCUCACCACGACCGCCCUCAACGAGGAGGAGGCCACAGCAGGUGUGGGGUCCACGUCAUCUUCCACAGCUAGCCCGUUACUUUCUACGUCUCUGGCCUCUGCUGCUAGUCCUGCCACCACUGAUACUGGCUUAGGUGAAAGUUCCACCAUGGCCCAUGUGAGUGGUACUACAUCUGACGCACGUGACAAGACUUCCAUUUCCCUCCCUGUGACAACUUUAUCAGCUGCUUCCAUGGAUACCAUUGGAACUGGAGAAGUGAGGACGCAGACUGUGCCCACUACGCCAUCUAGUAUGGGGAUUUCACUUGGGGUGUCUGGCAGUAGUGAGGCCACCAAUGUCGCCUACACAUCCUUGAGUCACGACUCCAGUAUGACCAGCAUGGGCACAGUGAGUGGCAGUGCCAGCUCUGUGUCCGUGACAGCCAGAGCAACAGCAAUUAGUGACUCUCCUUCCCUUGCUGCCACCUCAGCUGCGCCGUCCAGCAGCGGGCCAAGCAGCAGCACGAGCAGUAGCACGGAGCCGAGCUUGGUAGCCACAUCCCAGCCUUCCGCAGGCCUCACGUCCCCCGUACCCUGGUCCACUGCUGGAAAUACGAGCGUUGAGCAUGGUGCUCUGACGGUGCUCACCACGACCGCCCUCAACGAGGAGGAGGCCACAGCAGGUGUGGGGUCCACGUCAUCUUCCACAGCUAGCCCGUUGCCUUCUACACCUCUGGCCUCUGCUGCUAGUCCUGCCACCACUGAUACUGGCUUAGGUGAAAGUUCCACCAUGGCCCAUGUGAGUGGUACUACAUCUGACGCACGUGACAAGACUUCCAUUUCCGUCCCUGUGACAACUUUAUCAGCUGCUUCCAUGGAUACCAUUGGAACUGGAGAAGUGAGGACGCAGACUGUGCCCACUACGCCAUCUAGUAUGGGGAUUUCACUUGGGGUGUCUGGCAGUAGUGAGGCCACCAAUGUCGCCUACACAUCCUUGAGUCACGACUCCAGUAUGACCAGUGUAGACACAAUGAGUGGCAGUGCCAGCUCUGUGUCCGUGACAGCCAGAGCAACAGCAAUUAGUGACUCUCCUUCCCUUGCUGGCUCCUCAGCUGCGCCGUCCAGCAGCGGGCCAAGCAGCAGCAGGAGCAGUAGCACGGAGCCGAGCUUGGUAGCCACAUCCCAGCCUUCCGCAGUCCUCACGUCCCCCGUACCCUGGUCCACUGCUGGAGAUACGAGCGUUGGACAGGGAACUGUGACAGUGCUCACUGCAACCAGCCUUAACCAAGAGCAGGCCACAGCAGGGGUGGGGUCCACAUCAUCUUCCACAGCUAGCCCGUUGCCUUCUACACCUCUGGCCUCUGCUGCUAGCCCUACCACCACUGGUACUGGCUUAGGCGAAAGUUCCACCAUGGCCCAUGUGAGUGGAACUACAUCUGAUGCACGUGACGAGUCUUCCAUUUCCCUCCCUGUGACAACUUUAUCAGCUGCUUCCAUGGAUACCAUUGGAACUGGAGAAGUGAGGACGCAGACUGUGCCCACUACGCCAUCUAGUAUGGGGAUUUCACUUGGGGUGUCUGGCAGUAGUGAGGCCACCAAUGUCGCCUACACAUCCUUGAGUCACGACUCCAGUAUGACCAGUGUAGACACAAUGAGUGGCAGUGCCAGCUCUGUGUCCGUGACAGCCAGAGCAACAGCAAUUAGUGACUCUCCUUCCCUUGCUGCCACCUCAGCUGCGCCGUCCAGCAGCGGGCCAAGCAGCAGCAGGAGCAGUAGCACAGAGCCGAGCUUGGUAGCCACAUCCCAGCCUUCUGCAGGCCUCACGUCCUCUGCUCCCUGGUCCACUGCUGGCACCACGAGCGUUGAGCAUGGUGCUCUGACGGUGCUCACCACGACCGCCCUCAACGAGGAGGAGGCCACAGCAGGUGUGGGGUCCACGUCAUCUUCCACAGCUAGCCCGUUACUUUCUACGUCUCUGGCCUCUGCUGCUAGUCCUGCCACCACUGAUACUGGCUUAGGUGAAAGUUCCACCAUGGCCCAUGUGAGUGGAACUACAUCUGACGCACGUGACAAGACUUCCAUUUCCCUCCCUGUGACAACUUUAUCAGCUGCUUCCAUGGAUACCAUUGGAACUGGAGAAGUGAGGACGCAGACUGUGCCCACUACGCCAUCUAGUAUGGGGAUUUCACUUGGGGUGUCUGGCAGUAGUGAGGCCACCACCAUCACCUACACAUCCUUGAGUCACGACUCCAGUAUGACCAGUGUAGACACAAUGAGUGGCAGUGCCAGCUCUGUGUCCGUGACAGCCAGAGCAACAGCAAUUAGUGACUCCCCUUCCCUUGCUGGCUCCUCAGCUGCGCCGUCCAGCAGCGGGCCAAGCAGCAGCACGAGCAGUAGCACGGAGCCGAGCUUGGUAGCCACAUCCCAGCCUUCCGCAGGCCUCACGUCCCCCGUACCCUGGUCCACUGCUGGAGAUACGAGCGUUGAGCAUGGUGCUCUGACAGUGCUCACCACGACCGCCCUCAACGAGGAGGAGGCCACAGCAGAUGUGGGGUCCACGUCAUCUUCCACAGCUAGCCCGUUACUUUCUACCCCUCUGGCUUCUGCUGCUAGUCCUGCCACCACUGGUACUGGCUUAGGCGAAAGUUCCACCAUGGCCCAUGUGAGUGAAACUACAUCUGACGCACGUGACGAGACUUCCAUUUCCCUCCAUGUGACAACUUUAUCAGCUGCUUCUAUGGAUACCAUUGGAACUGGAGAAGUGAGGACGCAGACUGUGCCCACUACGCCAUCUAGUAUGGGGAUUUCACUUGGGGUGUCUGGCAGUAGUGAGGCCACCACCAUCACCUACACAUCUGUGAGUCACGACUCCAGUAUGACCAGUGUAGACACAAUGAGUGGCAGUGCCAGCUCUGUGUCCGUGACAGCCAGAGCAACAGCAAUUAGUGACUCCCCUUCCCUUGCUGGCUCCUCAGCUGCGCUGUCCAGCAGCGGGCCAAGCAGCAGCAGGAGCAGUAGCACAGAUCCCAGCUUGGUAGCCACAUUCCAGCCUUCCUUUUCCCUGCCUUCCACAACUUUGUCAGCUGCUUCUAUGGUCACAGUUGGUGGUGGAGAAGUAAGCAUGCGCACUACUAUCUACAUGGCUAAAUUAAGUCCACCUGCAUCCGUUCAUCCAUCUUUGUCUGGAUCUUGUGUUCCUGUCUCUCUCUCCAUACGGCUGGAGAAUGUAACAAGCACAACGAUACAGUUCAGCUGGAAACCUCAAGGUGGCUCAAGAGACACUCCUUAUCGCGUGCGUCUGUGGGAGGGAUCCAGAGAGAUUGAGAACAGGAACAUAAAUGAAACCAGUAUUGCAUUUGGAAGCCUGCUUUCUGAUCACGAAUACAAAAUAUCUGUGGAUGUUUUAACUUGCUCUAUGAGUAUCAAUACCUCGAUGACAGUUCGGACAGCUGCAAAAGUCUUAAAUGGAGCCACUAGGAUUACUAAUGAAGUUUUCUCGCCUGAAUAUGAGAACAAAUCAAGUAAAGCAUUUAAGAAGUUUGAAACUCGCUUCAUUACGGAGAUAAAACAACAUCUGCCAGAGGAGAUGCUAAAACUAAUAAAUGAAGGAAAAAUGCGUAUUGUAAUUAAUAGCAUCAGGAAUGGAAGUGUGGUUGUGUUCUUCGACGUUGUGUUGAAUGUAGGAGAAAACGUAACAGUGACAGAGAUUUCAGAUGCUUUUACGAAGUCCCUUAACAUGAGUACAGUAUUCAAAGCUGACCUUAAAAGGACUGUUAUAGAAGCAAGGAAUAGUUGUCAGCCAGGACUAAAUGACUGUUCGCAAUAUGCUACCUGCACUGCUGAAGGAGCAAGUUAUUCCUGUCAAUGCAACAAAGGAUUCACAGAUAACAGUCCACAAGUUCCAGGGAGAGUGUGUCAACAAAAGAAGAAUCCACCUUCACAACAGAUGACUACAGUCCCUCCAAAAAGUGCUCCAGGUAGAUUUACAGGAUCCACAGCUAAUUCUAUUUUUUCUACCGCAUUUGCAUCAGGAGCUUGCAUGCCAGUAUCCAUAAAAGUUGAGAAUGUGACUGGGGAAGCAAUACAAUUCAGCUGGACCACAUCAGGUGGCAAGAGAGGCAUCCUCUACACCAUCUCCCUCAUGGAUGGAAUCCAAGAGAUAAAUAAAAUCACCAACGAGACAACAACUAUAUUUAAACAUUUGCUUCCUGGUCAUGUAUAUACAAUAUCUGUAAACGUAUUAUCUUGUGCUGAGAAUAGCCGGACUUCAGUGAGUGUCCGAACAGAUCCGGUUUCCUGUUUCAACAGAACUGGGUUUUGCUUAUCACAGAAUCGUGACUGUCCUGACUUAAAAUAUGUCAUUUGCUCAAAUUACCAAGUAUUUGCCUGCAGUGCUUUGUUAAAAAGCCAGACAUUUAAUCAUACACUUUAUGACUCUGACAGUGAAGACUACAAAGCAAUGUCUGAAAGUAUCAAAACAGAAAUUGUUAGAGAAAUGCGCAUCAAACUUAAAGAUGACCACUUUGAUAUUGUGAUGGUUGGAUUCAGACCUGGGAGUGUGAUUGCUUAUUUUAUUUCCCUACUGCAAAAGCAAGAGCCUGUUGAUGUGAACGUUGUGCAGAAAUACCUAAGUCAAAUAUUAAAGAGAAAGUUUGGUGACCAAGUUGAAGUAACUGUACAAUCUCUGCCUUCUCAGUCAUCGACUGAAAAAAGUCCCACCUGGAGAGUGGCAGUGAUUGUCCUUGGAGUUUUACUUGGAGUUGCAUUACUGCUAAUUUUUGUGGUAAUAUCAGCUUAUAUUUGGAUGAAGAGAAGAUCGGGUAAAUACAUAGUUGAACCUAAAGAACUCCUAGGAAAUUUUGUCUACAGGCACUUGUAAUAUAAGCCACCAGUUUGACUUACAUAUUUUGGAUGGGGUGGGGUGGGGGGAAUUAAUAUAUUUGUCUUAAAAUCCUUUUGUCUUUGUUAAUGGUUUAUGUUAACUUAAGAAAACUCUGCCCUUUCCUUCUCAACGUCCAUUCCCGAUCUCCUAACAACCUCUGAUGAAUUAGCCUUUUGACAUUGCUCUUGGGUGUGGAAUGGGGAAUUUUCCUCGUUGAAUGUGUGGGGGACUGAGGCACAGAGAAAAUUCUGUUCAGAUGAUCCCCUGUAAGUAUUGCAAAGAUCCCUAACCAUUGGCUAUAAAGAGAGAAUCUGAACUGCUCAGUACUCUCUUAUGUAUAUUUAGGUGACACAGCAAACUGACUGAUCCUAAUACCUAUAGCACGUCACUUGAUUACACAUCUAAGCCCAGAGUCAUUGUGUUGAGCUUUAUGCACUUAGCCAAAGGUGAUUCACCUCACCUGAGAUUUUUAUCACCAUAUGAAGAUGCCUCUUUCUCUCCAGUUAGCAGAAUGAGCCAGCCCAGGACAAUUCAGCAUACGCAGCUUAGUUUUGAGUCUGAAAGGAAGAGGGAUAGAUCUGGGCUAUACGGACUCACCAUAGGAGUCUCUGGGAGAACAGACACCUGAUCCAGAGGCUGCUAAAUUCAAGGCUGGUUCCUUAAUUCCUGGGCUGUGAAGAAACAAAUGCCCAUGUGUGACAAAUAUAUGGCAUGUUAGAUACAGGUGUGGUUCAAUAGGUAAACCAGUAAUUUUAUAGCCUGAACAUGUUACCAAAAGAUGGUACCUUCAUCUAGUUUUGUCUGUCAAAAACAGCUGAGCAAGUGUGUGUCACAUAGAGCCAUUUUGCCUUGCUCCUUGUAAUCCCAAUGUGGAGUCCACUGAAAGCAGCCCAAGGGAUCCUGUGGCAUGGCUUGAGACCCUGUGUACUAGAGAAAUGGGGAGAAACUUAGUCUGCUUUCACCGCUCUCAGCUGCAGUCCCAAUGAGGUUACAGACUAUUUCUUCUAUGGAGUAUUUUUCUCCUUGGAACACAUUGAACAAAUAAUAAAUGGCAGUAUUUUGCUGUACGUAUUUUCAGUAGUAUUUAUGUAUUUCAUCUCAAAGCAGUUCUCCCUGUGUCUGUGUAUUUUGUCUGUAUGCCAAUGCUCACCAUUCACGCUGAAGCACUGAAUAUCCUGUGAUCUUCUGAGACCCUGCCUCAUGCCCCUGAAUAGUUUGUGCCCCUUGUCUUUUCAGGUUAUGUUAUGUUUAGUUGGCAUGGCUUAGAGUAAGGAAAUGCCCAGAACAGGACAUCAGCACACAAAGAGCAUCAGUAGAGCAAUGGCACACUGGUUACGCUGCUCUCCUCAGGGUGCAGCCAGGUUACUUCCUUUCCUGAGCUUGGCACCUGGAUGAACCCUGUCAAGGGCCCUGGUUAAGCAGAAAGGUGAAGCCAUCCGUGUGCUGGCCUCACUGCAUGUAGGCUGGUUUAGUUCAGGUUGUAUCAGCACCCAGAUGAGGGAAGUCACACCCAGCCAUGCUCCUCUCUCCUUGGCUUAGCAGCACUGUCAGUGUCUGAGGCCAAUGGACACCGCUGGCUGAGAAGGGAAGGCUCUGUGUGUACCUAGGGGGUCUUUGCACACAAGGCUGUGUUGGUGAUUUAUACUCCUGGCUGGAUUUUGCAUUAUUUUAUUUAUUUUUAUUUUAUUUUAUUUUAUUUUAUUGUGUUGUAGGGAUCUGUGAAACAGGGUUGUUGCACGAAUUGUAAUCCCUUAUCCUUCCACGUAGUAUCAGCUUGGCUCUCCUUUUGCUUAGAUCUGGGAUAUGAAGGCAUGGCCCAGCUCUGAUGGAAAUUCAGUAUGCUUAAUAUUUGUUAAAAUUCUUUCCUGUAGGUUUUAAACAUAGCUGGCUUUGCUGUUAUACUCACUGAGCAGUCACUUAACAAUGCAUUCUGUCAGCAAAUACAGGUUCUCUGGUGAGCUGUGUGUUGAAAAUACAAAUGAACACUCUUGCUUAUGUUAAUACAUUUUUUUUCCUUAUUUUUUGAGGAGUGUACUUUGAGCAGCAAUCUCUCAUUGUUAAUAAACCUUUCAGAUGUCUUUGCAAAUAAUGUUGAACUAAAGACCAUGUACAGCAGGGUUGUACUAUGGAACUCUGGGACUUGCUCCUGCAAAAAUAUCUUUAUAUCUGAACAUUUUUCAAAAAUGUUGUACAAAUAAAACCUCUAUUUUUACAA